UCCAUUCUUAAACAUCUCUAGUAGGUUUUCUUCAGGACACUAUUAAUAGAAUUUUUCCAGAAGUUAUGGAGCAGCAGCCUCUAUGGAUUCUUUCCACAUGGUAAUAGUCUGUGGAGGAGCAGGAUCCUCUUCACUGGACUCCAUAUUUCCUCCUCCUAUCAUGGACAGGUCUCAUUGGCUGCAGAGAGCUCCGGUACCGCUCCGUUACCGCGCAUUCUGCAGGACAGACAGUUCUCUCUGGAGCAGACCGCUUGGGUUCCUGUUCUGCGGACUGCAGGGUGUUCUGCCCUGGUGAAUGAUGCAAUAUCUCUUUUAUUUCAUCCAAAGUCCUAGGUAUUGAUCUAUACAUACUGCUAAUUCACAAGUGUGAGGGAGGUGAACCUGCAGACUGUGCAACGCUAUCCUGAAAACUACAUUUCCCAGCGGCCUCUGCGAACACAGCUCGGUGGUGGAGGAAGAUGGCCGUGAUUCCUGGGUCACGCAUGCGUGGAAAGCUGCCAGCUGCUGCCAGUAUGCGAGUGGGCACGGAGCAGGUAGCAGGGUUUGAGGACUUGGUACUGUCAGCAUCGCUGGCUCCGGAGCUGGACACAUGGACUUGCAGGAACCUCUGUGAAAGCCCUUUUCCCUGUGAGAAAAGUGGUCCAGAAGUUACAGUUUUCCCCUUGGGUUACAGGUAAAAACUGACCAGCGAUGCCCAAAGGGAGUUAGUCAACCUUGUUGUUGUCUUCCUGCAAUUUCUCUACAUUUUGUGCAGCUCUGUGAUUGACAGCUGUGUGCAGACAACGUGGCCCCAAAGGUAACUGUCUCAGCCUGGACCUAGAGUUUCUCCAUACCACCCGGUGCUGAGCAAUAAGAGGAAAGAGGGACACGAGCCAUGGAGACCCCAGAUGUCCCAGUGGGGAACCUGAUAGACUUAGAUACUGAACCCCUUGUAGUCCUUCCAGCAUGUCCCCCCAAGCUGGACACAGAUGAGAUCCUGGUGCUAGAGGAGACUGCUCCCGAGAAUGGGGAGAGAGGAGAAGAGAUUGAGAGUGAUGCUACAGAAUCAGCUGACAGCGACAAUGACAUGGCGUCAACUAACCGCCACUGCUGGAACCACUCACAGCGCUCAUCUUCUGAGUCCUUCUCAUCCAAUCAGAGCACAGAAUCUACCAGGGAUGAGCAAAUGGCAGAACACAAAGAGUUUAUCAGGCAGUAUGUUGACAAGAUCUUCACAGGAGGGGAGGACGUGGACCAGGAGGAGAAGGCCCGGUUUGGGGAGCUUUGCAGUACGGAGAAUGGAAAGGGAAGGGAAUGGUUUGCGCGGUUCGUCAGCGCUCAGCGCUGCAAUUCCAAGUGUGUUUCGGAGCAAACUUUCUACAGGCUGGUUCAGUCAUUCGCUGUCGUCCUCUUUGAGUGCUAUCAGAUGGAUGACUUUGGCCCGGCCAAGAACUUAAUGACCAUGUGCUUCACCUAUUAUUAUAUUGGUAAACCACACGUAUCCCCGACAGACUCCCGAGAGAAGCCAGUGAGCACUGGAAGCAUUGACGGUUAUCUGAAGUCUGCCAACAGCUGGCUCGCCGAAAAGAAGGAUAAUGUGGAGCGGUUAUUGAGAACAACAUCUGUUACCACAGAGAACAUGAAGGGGUUUUUCGGGGGUCUAGAGAUCAAGUUAAAGGGACCCCUCUCCAAGAAGAAUGAGCAAAGUGAUGAGCCGUCAAGUGAGAAGCCGUCUAAUGACAUUCCCCUGCAAAGUCCAGAUGAGAAAAAAGGAGAGAAAAUGUACUUGUACUCACACUUAAAGCAGCAGCCUAUAUGGCACUCUCUACGGUUUUGGAAUGCUGCAUUUUUCGAUGCUGUACAUUGUGAGAGGAGGAAGCGAUCACCUACAACCCGAAGGAGCACUGAAGAGGAUGAGAGAGAUAAGUGGUAUCACAUGACGCAGGAAGAGCGUGAUGACAGCUUGCAGUUUAAUGAGAACAUCACCUUUGGACAGUUGGGGACAUUCACACACAACAUGUUGGCCUUCGGGCUGAGUAAAAAGCUGUGCAGUGACUUUCUAAAGAAACAGGCAGUGAUUGGAAAUCUGGAUGAAGAGAAAUUCAAGCAGCUGACGGACUACAUUGAUCGGACGGCUGUGGAGUAACGGCUGUUGGGGGAGAGUGCAGCCCUAGUGUUGUAACCCAGUAUUGAAAAGAGAGCCAAGAUUAGGGCUCCCUGCAUGCUCCCCUACCACUGCCCUAUGAUGAGACCCCUCUGACAUGAGACCAUUUGGUGACCUGGGCAGGCGGGAGGAGGGGGCAAUAACAAACUGCAGAGUCUAUAUUUUACAAGAGUCUUUUGUGUACUCAAAGUAUUUAACAGAAGUGUUUGUUUUUGUAGUGGAAGGGGAGAGGAGAAUCACUCCAAUUAUGGUGGUGAUGGAAGAUUUUAUUUUUUUUACAAGUCUGAAAGGAUUUUCAUGGUGUCACCUGUUGCUUCCCUUACUGGGUGUUGUGGUACAGUUUGCGACUGGGGCGCAUUGUUCAGUGAGUCAUUCUCUGAUGUGUAGAUAUUUUUAGUCUAUAGAAAGAGUAUAUAUAAUAUAUAGAACCUUUUGUCUGGACAUUUACAGAUGUAUAUUUAUUACCUGUGAAUACUUUGAUGCUCAUGUCUUUAUGUCCAGUUAUUAGAGUGUAUACAGAAUAUAUAUUUAUUUUUUAAAGGAGACGAAAACGUGAAGUGUAGGCGGCUAGAACGAACCAUGAUCUGUAUUUUAUUUAUCUUAGGGACCAUAGCACAACAUUAAAGAAAAACUCCAGUCAAAUGUUUAAAACUUCCCCUUCCCAAUAGUGCAUCAUGCAAUACAGUAUAGCUACCACAUUGUAGCAGCUUGCGGUUACUUUCUUCCUGAAUACGAUUUUCCUAAAUGUGGAAAUAGGUGUUACAGUCUAUUCCCUUUAUGAUAUUCAUGCUUACCUGCAAAGGCCGUAACAGCAAAGCCCCUCCUAUGGUAGGGAGAAGGUUUUAGUGUAGCCAAAAAUAAUCAGGGGAGAUAAAACAUAUAAAACUAGAGCUUUUAUAAUGAUUUUAUUUUCUGUGCCCCCUCUACCAAUGAAAGGUUUAUAUAUUCAAGUAGGGAGAUGCUCAGUGAUAAUGAAGGUUUUCCUAUAUAUACACCAUCAGUUUUGCCAUGUCAGAUGCUUACUUGCUUUCUCCUUAACAAUAUACUACAAAACUGAUCAUUUGUCCGAAAUCUCUGCUCUUUUUCAAAAAAUUACCAAGUUAAGUCUGAUGUUGACUUUUAAAUGCCAGAUUUCAGGAGAACUGAACAAUGCAAGUUGCUGUUUUAUUCUCCCGACAAUACAGCAAAAAACCUGCUCAGAUUUUUGUGGGUUAAGGCAUUUUUAUCCGUCUUACAACUUGGAUAGAUUUCUUUGUUGCUGUGUUUGCAGUUUAAAGAGAUUAUCUGUCACUGGGGAGAUCAGCCACUUAUAGCAAACUGCUCAGUGUUCUCUUGCUGACACUAAAAGAGUUAAAGUGUGAAGAUCGGCCAAGACCUAGCGAAUCAGCAAGAAUCCAGGGCAGUGCAGACAGAAAUCCUCUGCUAUGGCAACCUUAAAUACCUAUUGGGCACACUUUCAUGUUCAUUUCUUCAUUGCAAUCUGUUUGAUUGUUAAACAGGGCCCAGGGAUCCCAUAACAGUGAUGAUUAUUUAUGCCCUCAUAACAGUGGCAGUCACAGAUACCCCAUAAAAAGCUACAGUGCCCCUAUAACUAGAACCUAGUGUGCAGUAGACUUGGUAAUAAUCGAUGAGUAUCACAAGCUGCUUUAUUACAUUAUGGACAAAGUAUCACUGCAAAUAAUAGGCAGGAUACUGAGCACCGGCAAUGGCCGCCUCCUUUGUUCAUUAUUACCACCAGUUAGUGAUCUGUGGGUUUUGGUACUUAUGUUUGUGCUGUGGUUCCAUUCUGCGUUGUGCUUCUGUGGGUUCUGUAUUUUCUUUUGAUAUUAUUCAUAUGAUGCCAGGGCCUACCUUUACCCUAUGUGAAAUGUGAAGUGUUACAUAGUUGUUUUCUUAGUGCUUAGCUUUAGAUGUGUUGGUUUGGAUAAUUGUCUUCAUAAAAUUGUUGUGAUGUCAGUGGUGUGCAUGGGGAGUUUGGCAGCUAUGUGCCACUGUUUUGUUUAAUUUUAUUUCCUGGUGAAUGUUCUGUGAGGUUUCUCUCCAUCAAGCUUAUUGUUGCAACCAUUGGUUUACAUUUUAAAGUGGCAAUAUCCCCAGUGGUGGGAGCUGUUCUUUGUUUUAUACCUUCUCAUAACCUCUUGCAUGGGAAACAAUCCACAGUAAUUCCACAAAGUAUAUUAGCAACAGCACACUUGUUGAGACCAACCAGCCUCCUCUUAAAGGAAACUUUUGAUCAUUUUUAUGCUACCUGAACAAGAAAUCAUCAGGGCGGUCCGCAAUGACUUCUCCCCACCUCACCAGCCUUGAUUGAUAGCUCUCUCCAAGUCUAUCUACCAUAUAUACUCGAGUAUAAGCAGAGUUUUUCAGCACCAUUUUUCGUACCGAAAACCUCCCCCUCAGCUUAUACUCGAGUGAUGGGAAGAAAGAAAUUGCAGGCAUACCGGUGGGGGUGGCUAGGGGAUGGGGCGGGCUGUCCAUCGUCUCCCAUCUAUGUUGCAGGGUCCUUCCGACUUCCAGUGGGGGAGGGUGAACCGGUCCGGGCCAUCCAUCUUGACCAGGAAGCCCCACAUUCCCUCAUCGCCCUCCUCUGUCAUCCCGCCCUCCUCUGUCAUCAUCCCGACUCCCACUGUCAUCAUCCAGACCCCCCUCUUUUGUUCUCUACUCACCUCCCCAGUUGCAGCUCUGUUGGUCCAUCCCAAGCAGCCGUCCAAUGUCGCUGCAGGGACCGUCCGACUCCAGGGUGAGCUGGUUCGGGCCAUCCAUCUUGACCGAGAGGCCCUCUUUUCCGCUGUGGGCUGGCCCUGGACUAGUGACGCUGCAU